AUGACCAGUCUGCUAACGAACGAAACGUAUCGAUGUGAGCAAUGCCAGGAGCUACAACGUUCUUUAGUAAAAACUUUGGGAGAGAAGAGGGCAUUGCUUUUACGAUUACAAAAAGAACAAGCGAGAAUAAGAAAGCUUUUAAGGGAAGCAGAAAAAGGAAGGAAAAGAGAUGGCGAGGUAUGAAGAUAACCAAGAAUUAUAGAAGGAUACAGAUUUCUGAGAUGCUCCAUUUUACUCGGCGUGUGCAUUCCCUGUACGAAGCUUGUUGCGUAAAUCAGUGAGGCACACAGCACAGCUAUGUUUUCUUUCAUAUGUAAGGGAGACAUAGGGCAGACUGUUCAGUCGCUUUCGAUAAUAUUUAUAUUUGUAACUGGUGUCAUCGGCUUUACUUACUUCGGUAAAAAGACAGAAAUCUGCGAUUGUUUAGAACAUGUAAUAGACCGGACCAGGUCACUCCUUGCAAACUAAUGUUAAUUUAAGCCAAGCUUUAAUUGUCACACCUUACUUUGUAAUUUCUAAAGGUGGUAUUUUGGAAAGGAAACACGACUUUUUUGGCGUGUUCCUUCGAAAAGGCGAAACGAAACUUUUCCUUUAGCGCUCGAUAUUUCAAGGUUUCACGUGAAAAUGGCAGUCAUGUGCAAGGAUUAGAUUAUUCGGGCGGUACCAGGGUGUAACGGGGGUUUGUUCGUGGGGAAAAAAGCGAACAAACAAAACAAAUCGCCGUUUUAGGUGUGACACGAAUCUCGGAGACUAAGUGCUAAAAUUAAAUGCGGAUAUACUCACACCCUUACAGCAAAAAACCCGUCAGUACAGAUACUAAAUCACGUGCAGUAUUAUCAGAAAGGUACAUGAGUUUCUGGAAUUAUCUUGUAUAUUCCCAUAAUUGGGUAGUUUGACUCAAAGGAACUGAUUAGUGCAUUGAUUACUUCAAGAAUCUUAUAACAGACAAACCUGUCCAAAGUGAGCGUAAUGUUCAGAUGCUUUUUCAAAAUGUCUCAGUUACUUCAGGUGCAAAUCUUUUUCAUGAUAAUAUUUUUUAUAUUUUGUCACAUUGACAUGCAUGACUUUCACUUGUCAUAUAAUUUGAACCCAAUCUGUACCAUCUGCUACACAAACAUGGCAGGGCAAGCUAUGAGAUAAGGGAAACCAGCUAUUUCGAUACAAAGUCAUUUUGAUACAAGUCGUUUUGUUACGAACUGCACAAAAAAUUUUAUUCACGUCAAGUGUGGUUUACCCGUGAGCAAGCUAAAAAACAAUUUGGGUGACUAUUCUUUGUUCUUUAAGCCAAGUGUGUGCAACUAUUUAUGCCUUGACUGAAUAAACUUGUAUUGAAAUGACCGGUAACUGAUAUUCAGUACGCAGUAGGUCCUUCCAAAUGGUGCAGUUUUUUUCUACCAUAUUAUUAAAUAUUUAGCAUUUUUUCUUUCAUAUUAGGAGGUGCCUAAUUUAAGGGAUGUUUCAAGACCACCGAGGGAAAGCAACGGUGAUAAUUCUUUAGAGUGGCAGCUGAACGAGGUGAGAGAGGAAUAUUAUGAUUGCUAAAAUACACACUGUAAGCAGUAUGUUUUUCACUGGAGACCUAUAACUAGCUGUUCUUAGUUCUCAAAUUAAGCCUUUGACCCUCAGCAUGAUCAGCAGCUAACUUCUCUUUAAGAAUCAAUGCUUUCAGUUAGACAAUUAAUAUUAAUAUUAAUAUUCACAUGACACUAAUAACAGGAAAUCAGAUUUAGCUAUAGUUCUACUGUAGAACCCAGGUAAAUCAAACUCUGAAAGGAUACACGAAGCAGUUUGAGUUAGCAGGGAGUUCAAGUUAUCAGGGGAAAUUUAAGUGAAAAUUUUCGUCAAGGGAAAGGAAAUUUAGUUCAAGUUAGCAGGGAAUUUGAAUUAUCUGAGUUCGAGUUUUUGAGGUUCUACUGUAAAAAAGUUUUAUUCUGGGUAUUAUAUGCAAAUUAUCUUGACAAUGUUGUAAUUAUGAACUCCAUUUCUUUUGAAAUCCUUCUAAGAACUAGCUUGUGAAAUAACCAUCCAUAUAAUUAUUAUCUAUUUAUAUUUUUUUAAAGGUCAUUGAAGUUAACAGAAAAUGGAAAGAAGACUAUGAUAAUUUAAAGCGGCAAUAUGAGAUGAAAAAUGAAAGCCUUCAGAAUGAGCUGGAAGUGACUAAAGAAAAACUUUCAAACGCACAAACGCAAGUCCUUGCACUUGGAGCUGAAGUUGAUAGGCUUGCGACCACCCUAAGUCUUUUGUAUCAAGGAGAAGGCAGUUCUGCCCCUUCAGAUUUUGAUGUGGAUGAUUAUGAAAUAUUCAAACAACAGGUAUGCAGUGAAUUAUAGACAUUCUCCAGAUCAUCUAUAAAGGGUGCACUUUUAUCUUUUUUCUCAUGAUACAUGUAGUCACUUAGUUGUUGAUUGUGAUGCUUUGACAAUGUACUGUCACUGGUGAUUGUGUCAAUUUGCUGAGUGGGACUAUUAGUGACUAGUAUGGUUUUCGUUUGAGUGUCGUAAAACCAAAACCAAAGUAAUUACUCUGGCCAAUCACAUAGGACACAGACAAUACAUUGAACCAAUCAAAACUCGAAGUAAUUACAUGUGGCUGACGCAAAGCGCGGGAAAAUGCAUGCGAGCGCGUCACAAUUGGCUUUGGUUUUACUUCUGAUUGGAUGAAAAGGUGGCGCGAAUCUUUUAAGCCAAUCGCAUCGUGUAGAAAGUGCAAAACCAAUUACUUUUCGACACUCAAAUGAAAACCGCACUAUCAUGUAAGACAAACGAUAAAAACAAACCCUUUAGACGCAUACCCACUGGACCGCGAUGAGUAAUAUCUUUCAUGACAAGGAUAAUUAUUUGUAGAUCCCAGGUGUCAUGGAAAAUGUGAAUUAUCAUUUUCUAACUUAAUAGAACAAUCGAUAAUACAUGUAUGUAAUGCCUUUUUAAUAUCACUGGGGUUUCAAACACAUUGUAUGACCUUUUGAUGGUGUUUUUCUGAUGUCACUGUGUUAAAAAACUAAGUCACUUACUUGUAUACAGUGUAUACUGUGUAUUUCAUAUUUAGGGCAAUUUUCGCAUGACCUUGAAAUGAAAACGCACGAACAAAAUAGAAACAACAAACUAACGGAAAUAGAGCGAUUUGAUUGGUUUCUCAAACGGGUAUAAACGCGCUCGGCUUUUGGUUGGUUAAAUGAACGCUCAGGUGAAAUUAAACUUCAUGCCCGAGAACUUUCUAGAAAUCAAUCGAUACUUCCCUUUGACGUCAUACUGUAACACGAUUGGCCAAUCCAACAAUGCCUUCUUCAUAUUAGGGCUUUCUUUGGCGGGAAAACGAAGAGGCCAUGUUUUGAUCUUUUCAUCCAUUGGCUGAUAAAGCAAAUAACGAACACUUACCGAAACCAUUUUUCAAGGUCAUACGAAAAUCGCUCUAACUAUAAGUAAAAAUCAUUUCAUUGCAGAUUCAAUUGUAUAAGGAAGAUUUUUCAAUUGAGAGAAGGGACCGGGAACGGGCACAGGCUGAAAAAGAUUAUCUUCAACAGCAGUUGAAAGAUGCACAAGAAAUCAUUGCCACACUUACCCAAGAGGUUAAUAAAUUAUUCUUCUUAAUAAAAAAUUUACUUCUAGUUUUUAUUUUGUUUAAAUACAGUGGAACCCCAUUAAUCUGGUUACCAAUGGGCCAAAAAAAUUAGACCAUAAUAUUGAGGUGACCAUAUUAACAAGGAUUUCUUUACGAGAAAAUGUAUUGUCGUUUUUGUGGGGGGCCAAAAAAAAAGUGGCCGUGGUGGCUUUAAGGCGGGAUUCCACUGUAUAUACUUACAUGAAUGGAACUACAGUAACAAUAAAAGACCACAGUACAUUUUUGUACCUGAUUUUUGGAUGUUUGUAGAAGAUAAUUUUAAAAUAAGUGAGAUUCGCUAAUGAAGAGUGUUUUAAUAUUAUUACCAUUAAAGGUUGACAUUUACAAGGGACAGAUGUGUCAAGAAAGGUCAAGACAGCUACGGCGUCACUCUGAUCCACGCCCUCUGCACACAUCAUGUCCCCAACUACAAAUCAUCUACCCAGUUAGUGUGCCACCAUCAGCAGCACAGCGGAGAUUGAGACAGGAACAACAAAGAAGAGUAAGUUUUGACAUUAAUUACCCCCUUCACUGCUGUGAAUUCAUGAAUAGGUGAAUUUAGGAAAAUUCAUUCACAAUUAUUAUAUUCAUUCACAAUUAAAUUCUUUCAAAAUCAAACUUCAACUAUUGUUCACCUCACCAAGAAGAAAGAUGGCUUCUUGUUUAUGCUUUAAAGGGUUUGAUUGUCUUUAUAUUUGUAAGUCUUUUUGCAUCAAUAAAUCUUGACAUUUUAACAAAUUCUACUUCUUUAGGGUAUCCUUGCUCGAGGAGCAAACCAUUACACUGCACCACCGAGUCUGCUUUAUGGAGGAGAUGUGGAGGUAGAUGAUAAAAUGACUUGAAUUGCCUUUUAUCAUCCCCGUUAUUGCUUGUUGAUACAUCCUGGAACAUUAGGAUUUUUCUUAAGGUUUAGAGAAUUAAGUUAUUAUAAAAAACAUAUGUAAAUGAGAGAUAAAUGCAUGAUAUUUCAAUGCAAGCAUGUCACUUUUGUAACAAGAUUGGUAUAAGCAAUAGUGUAAAGAAAAAGGACAUUUUACCACUCUCAGAGCACUUAGACUUCAUAAUGGCAACAUGCUGUCAUUAAAACAUCAUGUUUUUAUAGCCCAUUUUUAUUCUAAAGUACUUGACAAUCUUUUGUUAAUAUUAAAAGUGUAAAGUAUAACUAUGUCAUUGACAUAGACAUUGGGCUUCUAUGAAGACCAGCCUUUAAUGCCGUUGAGUAAAGCUUUACUGUACUACAGGGGAGCAAGGGUGGGGCAAUGGUGAGAGCACUCGCCUCCCACCAUUGUGGCUCGGGUUCAAAUCCUGGCAUCGAUGCCAUAUGUGAGUUUAGUUCGUUGUUGGUUCUCUCCUAUGCUCCGUGAGGUUUUUCUCUGGGUACUCCAGUCUUCCCCUCUCCUUAAAAACCAACACUUUGAAAUUCCAAUUCGAUCUGGAAUGCAUGGACAUGCUUACUCCUAAGGGCUUCGUGAGUAAACAAAUUACAAAAAUUACAAUAGUAAGCAAAUUCAGCUACCAUGACAUAAUGAACCUUCAUGAUGCCAAUAAACAUAAAAAAUAUUGACACAAUCGUAGGUGCCAAAAUUAUACCCAUUAGUCAGUAGAAGGCAGUAAAAGUAACUCUACAUGUAAUUCAAUGGAUUUUGGAAAUUCUUUUCAAUUUUUGGCUUUCGGGAGUGAAAGAGUAAAGCCUCAAGGAGUUAUGCAGGGUGAGAGUAGUCUAAUAGCAGCAGUAGAAUUUCUUUCAAAUCAUGGUACCUUUACAUACAGUGUAGCUUGAAUAUUUUCCAAGAGACAUGGCAGCAUUAUAGAUGAGAAUCAUUCAUAUUUAGCAAACAUUCACUCAUGUGCUAGAUGGAUUAAUAUUUGCCUAUACUAAAUAAUUAUUCAGUAUAAUUGCUAAAUUAGAAAGUUAUUAGCAAUAGGAAGUGAUCAAGUGGGCCAAAGAAGGUUAAAGGAGAUGUGGGAAUGGGGGCAGGGGGGCUAUGUUCAUGUAUUUUUAGAACCUAGAUGAAAUGAAAUGAAAAACUACAUAGUAGGUACACUGUAAAGAAAAUACGAAGUUUCCCUGUCCACUAAAACACAGGGAACAAUUAGUGCUUAUGUAGCAUUAAUAAUUUGAAAUAUUUAUUUAUUGUAAUUAAUAGAUGUGAACUCAUCAUCGAAAAAGGUAUAAUUAUAUUAGUUGUCAAAUGUGCAAGGUUACACUUGUUAUCUAAAUAAGUAUUAAAACCAAUGUUGUUCUCGGUGUCUUCAGGCUCCUUGCUUGGGCAGCAAGGGCUUGUUUACCAGGAGACUGUAGAUAAAUCUUUCAUUUUGACUGCGGUAAUCCGGAGGUCAACAAAUUCCAACAAAUAAUAAAAAUAUUAUUUUAUCUGAUCAUUUAUGGAUGUCACCAGUCUCUCUCCGGGUAACCAAUUGCUGGCAUGACGAAGGUGACUCAAACUGUUCUGUUAUUAUCCACAAAUUCACCACUUUAGAAGCAAGAACGGAACUGCAGCUGAAAUGCGCGCUUCCCACAGUUGUUUCUGGAAUGGUUACUGGGGAAGCACCCAUCAGCCAUAGGCUAAUUUUUUAUCCUUGUCCUGAGUAACACUCCCAGAAGUCUUUUUGAAAGUUAACUUACUCCAGUGGCAAAUGAAGAGGUGUCUGGAAAAAGCUCUCUUACAGCAAGGAGCCCAAAAGAGUUACCGCUUUUAAUUAUACGCACUCUUUCGUGCAGAUUUAAUCCAAUCAGAAGCCUGUUGGAAACUGUCGAAACUGUCCUCAACUUCUGAUUGGUUGAUCAAUGCCUUCAUGAAAGAAUGUGUAAUUAUUAAAGGAGGUCACAAUUUUGGGCUCCUCGCUGUAAGUGAUUUUUGGACCAACUGCUGCAUUCUCCUUUUACUUAACCUACCGUAGGUUUCAAAAGAAAAGAGAAAAUCCAGCAUGAGAUCAAAGUCACAUAACUGUAAAUUAACUUAAUUCUCAAUUUCAGGAUUUAUAUUAUGACCCAGCACAAUGUUCUCUCAUACAUUUCCUAUGAUAAUGUUUGGUUUGGGAGAAUUUGUUGUAUAAAACAAGACUCUUUUCAUUCUUGAUCAUUUUCUUUUUUCUUUUGACCUCUAUGAUUGAUUGAGCAGUGUAAGGGUGAGGAGAAACUGAGUGUUGGUCACUCUUUGGGGGCCUUUUCCAUGCACACAUUCAAAUGGUUAAGAGCUGAAAGCCACUCUUGACCAAUCAUUAACACUAUAAUCUUCUUAUCCAUUGAAGACAAGGCUGUGAUGGAUUUCGAACAACAGCUUAAUGGAUGAACAGGCCCUGAAUAGGUUAUGUUAAGAGAUGUUAUAUUAUAGAAAUGAAGGCUUUGUUGUCUGCAAUGGACAUCUAUUUAUUAUCUGUUUUAGAUAUAAUUUAUAGAAUCUCUGAUGCUAUGCAUUAAUAUUAUUUUUUGUUGAGAUGUUCUCAUUUGUAUAGUAAAAUUAUGCACUUGAUAAAGUAUAAUAAAAGAAUCAAUGAUUAUGGAAG